AUGUCACUCACCCAGUCUGAGUUCUCAAACCCCGGAGCUCGCCUCUCCCCACCUCGCUCUCCCCUCUGCCCGCCUGGAGCUCUCCUCUCCCCGCCUCUCGCUCCCCUCUGCCCGCCUCUCGCUCUCCUCUCCCCGCCUGGAGCUCUCCUCUCCCCGCCUCUCGCUCCCCUCUCCCCGCCUGGAGCACUCCUCUCCCCGCCUCUCGCUCUCCUCUCCCCGCCUGGAGCUCUCCUCUCCCCGCCUCUCGCUCCCCUCUCCCCGCCUGGAGCUCUCCUCUCCCCGCCUCUCGCUCCCCUCUCCCCGCCUGGAGCUCUCCUCUCCCCGCCUGGAGCUCGCCUGUCCCCGCCUGGAGCUCGCCUCUCCCCGCCUCUCGCUCGCCUGUCCCCGCCUCUCGCUCUCCUCUCCCCGCCUGGAGCUCUCCUCUCCCCGCCUGGAGCUCUCCUCUCCCCGCCUGGAGCUCUCCUCUCCCCGCCUGGAGCUCUCCUCUCCCCGCCUCUCGCUCUCCUCUCCCCGCCUCUCGCUCCCCUCUCCCUGCCUGGAGCUCUCCUCUCCCCCCUCUCGCUCGCCCCUGUCCCCGCCUCUCGCUCUCUCUCUCUCCCCGCCUCUCGCUCUCCUCUCCCCGCCUGGAGCUCGCCUGUCCCCGCCUGGAGCUCUCCUCUCCCCGCCUCUCGCUCUCCUCUCCCCGCCUCUCGCUCGCCUCUCCCCGCCUGGAGCUCGCCUGUCCCCGCCUGGAGCUCUCCUCUCCCCGCCUCUCGCUCGCCUCUCCCCGCCUCUCGCUCCCCUCUCCCCGCCUGGAGCUCGCCUGUCCCCGCCUGGAGCUCUCCUCUCCCCGCCUCUCGCUCUCCUCUCCCCGCCUCUCGCUCUCCUCUCCCCGCCUCUCGCUCUCCUCUCCCCGCCUCUCGCUCGCCUCUCCCCGCCUCUCGCUCGCCUGUCCCCGCCUCUCGCUCUCCUCUCCCCGCCUGGAGCUCUCCUCUCCCCGCCUGGAGCUCUCCUCUCCCCGCCUCUCGCUCUCCUCUCCCCGCCUGGAGCUCUCCUCUCCCCGCCUGGAGCUCGCCUGUCCCCGCCUGGAGCUCUCCUCUCCCCGCCUCUCGCGCUCCUCUCCCCGCCUCUCGCUCGUCUCUCCCCGCCUGGAGCUCUCCUCUCCCCGUCUGGAGCUCUCCUCUCCCCGUCUGGAGCUCUCCUCUCCCCGCCUCUCGCUCGCCUCUCCCCGCCUCUCGCUCCCCUCUGCCCGCCUGGAGCUCGCCUCUGCCCGCCUGGAGCUCACCUCUGCCCGCCUGGAGCUCGCCUCUCCCCGCCUGGAGCUCGCCUCUGCCCGCCUGGAGCUCGCCUCUGCCCGCCUGGAGCUCGCCUCUGCCCGCCUGGAGCUCGCCUCUGCCCGCCUGGAGCUCGCCUCUGCCCGCCUGGAGCUCGCCUCUGCCCGCCUGGAGCUCGCCUCUGCCCGCCUGGAGCUCGCCUCUGCCCGCCUGGAGCUCGCCUGUCCCCGCCUGUCCCCGCCUGGAGCUCCCCUCUCCCCACCUGGAGCUCGCCUGUCACCGCCUGGAGCUCUCCUCUCCCCGCCUGGAGCUCGCCUCUCCCCGCCUGGAGCUCUCCUCUCCCCGCCUGGAGCUCGCCUGUCCCCGCCUGGAGCUCUCCUCUCCCCGCCUGGAGCUCUCCUCUCCCCGCCUGGAGCUCGCCUCUCCCCGCCUGGAGCUCGCCUCUCCCCGCCUGGAGCUCGCCUCUCCCCGCCUCUCGCUCGCCUCUCCUCUCCCCGCCUGGAGCUCCCCUCUCCCCGCCUCUCGCUCCCCUCUGCCCGCCUGGAGCUCUCCUCUCCCCGUCUGGAGCUCUCCUCUCCCCGCCUGGAGCUCUCCUCUCCCCGCCUGGAGCUCUCCUCUCCCCGCCUCUCGCUCGCCUCUCCUCUCCCCGCCUCUCGCUCGCCUCUCCUCUCCCCGCCUGGAGCUCCCCUCUCCCCGCCUCUCGCUCCCCUCUGCCCGCCUGGAGCUCGCCUCUGCCCGCCUGGAGCUCGCCUCUGCCCGCCUGGAGCUCGCCUCUGCCCGCCUGGAGCUCGCCUCUGCCCGCCUGGAGCUCGCCUCUGCCCGCCUGGAGCUCGCCUCUGCCCGCCUGGAGCUCGCCUCUGCCCGCCUGGAGCUCGCCUCUGCCCGCCUGGAGCUCGCCUCUGCCCGCCUGGAGCUCGCCUCUGCCCGCCUGGAGCUCGCCUCUGCCCGCCUGGAGCUCCCCUCUCCCCGCCUGGAGCUCGCCUCUCCCCGCCUGGAGCUCUCCUCUCCCCGCCUCUCGCUCUCCUCUCCCCGCCUCUCGCUCUCCUCUCCCCGCCUCUCGCUCUCCUCUCCCCGCCUCUCGCUCCCCUCUCCCCGCCUGGAGCUCCCCUCUCCCCGCCUGGAGCUCUCCUCUCCCCGCCUGGAGCUCUCCUCUCCCCGCCUGCAGCUCUCCUCUCCCCGCCUGGAGCUCUCCUCUCCCCGCCUCUCGCUCGCCUCUCCCCGCCUCUCGCUCGCCUCUCCCCGCCUCUCACUCCCCUCUGCCCGCCUGGAGCUCGCCUCUGCCCGCCUGGAGCUCGCCUCUGCCCGCCUGGAGCUCGCCUCUGCCCGCCUGGAGCUCGCCUCUGCCCGCCUAAAGCUCGCCUCUGCCCGCCUGGAGCUCGCCUCUGCCCGCCUGGAGCUCGCCUCUGCCCGCCUGGAGCUCGCCUCUGCCCGCCUGGAGCUCGCCUGUCCCCGCCUGUCCCCGCCUGGAGCUCUCCUCUCCCCGCCUGGAGCUCGCCUCUCUCCUCUCCCCGCCUGGAGCUCUCCUCUCCCCGCCUGGAGCUCUCCUCUCCCCGCCUCUCGCUCCCCUCUGCCCGCCUCUCGCUCCCCUCUGCCCGCCUCUCGCUCCCCUCUGCCCGCCUCUCGCUCCCCUCUGCCCGCCUCUCGCUCCCCUCUGCCCGCCUGGAGCUCGCCUCUGCCCGCCUGGAGCUCGCCUCUGCCCGCCUGGAGCUCGCCUCUGCCCGCCUCUCGCUCCCCUCUGCCCGCCUCUCGCUCCCCUCUGCCCGCCUGGAGCUCGCCUCUGCCCGCCUGGAGCUCGCCUCUGCCCGCCUGGAGCUCGCCCUCUGCCCGCCUGGAGCUCGCCUCUGCCCGCCUGGAGCUCGCCUCUGCCCGCCUGGAGCUCGCCUCUGCCCGCCUGGAGCUCGCCUCUGCCCGCCUGGAGCUCGCCUCUGCCCGCCUGGAGCUCGCCUCUGCCCGCCUGGAGCUCGCCUCUGCCCGCCUGGAGCUCGCCUCUGCCCGCCUGGAGCUCGCCUCUGCCUGCCUGGAGCUCGCCUCUGCCCGCCUGGAGCUCCCCUCUGCCCGCCUGGAGCUCGCCUCUGCCCGCCUGGAGCUCUCCUCUCCCCGCCUGGAGCUCCCCUCUGCCCGCCUCUCGCUCCCCUCUGCCCGCCUGGAGCUCGCCUCUGCCCGCCUGGAGCUCGCCUCUGCCCGCCUGGAGCUCGCCUCUGCCAGCCUGGAGCUCGCCUCUGCCCGCCUGGAGCUCGCCUCUGCCCGCCUGGAGCUCCCCUCUUCCCGCCUGGAGCUCGCCUCUGCCCGCCUGGAGCUUGCCUCUCCCCGCCUGGAGCUCGCCUGUCCCCGCCUCUCGCUCCCCUCUCCCCGCCUGGAGCUCGCCUGUCCCCGUCUGGAGCUCUCCUCUCCCCGCCUGGAGCUCGCCUGUCCCCGCCUGGAGCUCUCCUCUCCCCGCCUGGAGCUCUCCUCUCCCCGCCUCUCGCUCGCCUCUCCCCGCCUGGAGCUCUCCUCUCCCCGCCUGGAGCUCUCCUCUCCCCGCCUGGAGCUGCCUCGCUCUCGCCCUGAGCCAGACUCAUCGUCAGCUUGUUCUUAUAUUAAAUAA